AUGUGUGGUGUGCGCGGCGCGCGGUGCGCGGUGCCGCCCGAAGGCAAACAAGCUUCCGCGGAAACUGGUGCCGAUAGGAUUUUCGAGCAGGACUCCACCAUGGUCAAGUCCGACGAGACGGCCAACGACCAGGACAUCCUGGAGGCCACCAAGAACCAGGUGGUCCAUCUCACCGAGGAGGACAUCAAGUCCUUGGAGGACUUCAGUUUCUCGGACCUGGACGACUAG